GGGCCAGAGGAGGCAGCGUGCGACGUGAAAUGAAAGCGAGGGGGGGGGGGUGUGAGGGGGGUGAGAGGAAGCACGACUCGCCUUAUCGCGUCACUCCGGGUCGAGGCGCGAGGCGCGAAGCAGGAAGCAGCCUUUCCUCUCGGAUUGUCGCCCCCGGGAAGGAGCAGGCAAAUUUAGUCGCCGCUCAAUGCGCCCCCCGGCCCAGAAGACGCGAAAGGCGGCCAGAAGGAAAGAUGCCACCUCCGAUGGGGAUCGCUCUCGUGCUGCUCGGCGCGCUCGCGGCUUCCUCUCCGGAGGCUGCCGCUUCUUCUUCGUCGGGCGCGGGCGCGCCGCGCGUCCAGCGGCAGUUCUACGCGCCGAACCGCACCAAUAACUUCGCGGUGGACGCGGCGUCCGGGAGGGUGUACGUGGCCACCGUCAACAGCCUGUACCAGCUGGACGCCGCCCUGCGCGUGGAGGCGCACCGCAGCACGGGCCCGGUGGAGGACAACCUGUUGUGCCACGCGCCGCAGCUGCCGCAGGCGCCGUGCCAGCACGCCAAGUGGCCGACGGACAACCACAACAAGCUGCUGGAGCUCGACGGGCGGCAGGGCGUCGUGCUGGCGUGCGGCUCCGUGUACCAGGGCUUCUGCGAGCUGCGCCAGCUGGCCAACGUCUCGCGGGCGGCCGUGGAGUUCCCGCCCGCCGGCGACAAGACCGUCUUCCCCAGCAUGCUCAACAUCGCCGCCAACCACCCGGACGCCUCCACCGUGGGGCUGCUGCUGCGCUCCGGCGGCGACACCCGGCUGCUGGUGGCCGCCACCUACACCGGCGCCGGCACGCGCUACUUCCCCAAGAACCACAGCAAGGAGGACCUGCGCUUCGAAAACACCCCGGAAAUCGCCAUCCGCUCCUUCGACGUGCGCGACCUGGCCAGGCUCUUCACCUACGACAUCAACCCGUCCGAGGACAACGUCUUCAAGAUCAAGCAGGAGGCCAAGGCCAAAAACCAGCUGCACUUUGUGCGCGCCUUCCACCGCCGCGCCUACUCCUACAUCGCCUUCAACAACGACGCCAAGACGGGCCACAAGGAGAGCCGGCCCAACAGCGUCCUGGCCAGGAUCUGCCUGGACGCCGCCGCCGCCGCCGGCCAAAAGCCCAACGGGCCCGAGAGCCGCAAGCUCACCGAGUCCUACAUCCAGCUGCCGCUCCAGUGCGGGCGCGACGGCGACAUUUACAACCGGCUGCUGUCCGUCUACCCGGCCGACGUGCGCGCCGAGGCCUUCCUCUUCGGGGUCUUCUCCAAGGGCGACCGCAGGACGGCCCUGUGCGCCUUCAACUUUGCCGACGUCGAGGAGGAGAUCCGCCGAGGCCGCAGGAGCUGCUCCAACUCGCCCGCCGGAGACGUGCGGGUGCUGGACAGCGUCAUCCAGGGCUCGGGGGCCGCCUGCGUCCAGAAGUGGAACCUGGUGCUGCAGCCGGAGCAGCUGGACUGCGGCGCGGCUCACCUGCAGCACCCCCUGGCCCUGCGGAGGCCCCUCAGGGCGCUUCCUUUGCUCCAAUACAAUGGCUUGAGCUCCGUGGCCGUGGACGACGUGCUCAACCACACCGCGCUCUUUCUGGGAACCUCCAACGGACGACUUCGAAAGGUGACUCUCACUCCAAACAUGACGUCGGCCAGCCAGCGGACCCUGAAGCUGCCGGCCGGCGAAGCCGUCCACCACAUCAUGACCUUUGAUCCCAAUGACAGGAGCUAUCUUUAUGUGAUGACCUCGCACCACAUGCUGCGUGUCCAAGUGGCCCAGUGCGAGCAGUGGACGAGCUGCGGCGACUGUUUGGGAGCGGCUGACGCCCACUGCGGAUGGUGCACGUUGGAAAAUAGGUGUAGCAUGCAGAAGGAGUGCGCCCGGGGAGCCUUGGCACGCGCCUGGAUCGCCAUGGGUGAGGGCCCCCACCAGUGUCCUUCUAUGACCCUGACGCCCCCGGAGAUAAGCAUCACCGCAGACAUCAAGGACGUGGGAAUCCUGAUCAACGGCGUGGUUCCCGACCUGGUGGGCUUCCGGGUGGAGUGCGAAUACGGGCCGGGUCUGUGGACGGCCGCCACCUUGCACCUGGGCCGCGGCCCCGCCCAGAUCCAGACGUGCCCCCUCCUCUCGCUGCAAAACUACCGGCCCAUCCUCCCGGGCACAGAUCAUCUGACGGUCUCGCUGGCGAUCAAAGUGAACGGUACAUCCGUGGUGUCCGGAAGCUUCGUCGUCUACGAUUGCGGGCGGACCGGAGCGAUCAACCCCAAAACCUCCUGCGUCAGCUGCCUGAGCGCGACGUGGAAGUGCUACUGGGAGCCAGAGAAGCAGCGAUGCGUCUCCGCUCAAGAUGAGAGCCGGAGCGACCUCCUGGAGGACGUGGCUUCCUGUCCCAGGCUGCUGUCCGCCGAGGUUCCUCCGUCGCCGUCGGGGGCGGCCCGGGACUUUGCCGUAUCCUUGAGGAACGUUCAGGAGGGCGAGGAGCUGGAGUGCGACUUUGGGACGGAGCGGCGAUACCGCGCCACGUGGCUGAACAGCUCCGCCGUCGAGUGCAGCGGCGUGACGCUGACCUCCGACGGGAGCAAUCGCCUUUACCAGCUCAACCUGAGGAGGAGGGGGGGCCUUCGCCAGGGCGCCUUUGUGGACAGCCCCCAGCCUAUCAAAGUGGAGGUGUACAACUGCGGCGUGGGCAGCGGCGACUGCUCGCAGUGCUGGGGCCGCCAGGAAGGGGGCCACCUCUGCGGCUGGUGCGACGACGGAUGCCGACUGGAGGCCGACUGUCAGCCCGUCUCGCGGCGGUGCCCGCCGCCCGAGAUCCACAAGAUCUUCCCGCUGGGGGGUCCAGUGGAGGGGGGCACCCGCCUGACGGUGCAGGGCAAGAACCUGGGUCGCCGGGCCCAAGCGGUCAAAGUGUCCAUCGGAGAGGUCCCGUGCGCACUCGUGCCCGAGCUCUACUCCGUCUCUGUCGAGCUGGUGUGCAUCACCGGGAGGUCUCCGUCGGACGGGACGGACCCGGUGCGAGUGGACGUGGAUCAGGGCGGGACGGGCAAGUCCAAGGAAAGCUUCUCCUACUUGGUCCCCAAGGUGGUCUCCGUGGAGCCCGGGAAAGGCUCCCGCGCCGGAGGAACCAGAGUGACCAUCAACGGGGAACACCUGGCGACCGGUUCUCGGGUUCGAGUCGUCAUCAACGACACGCUGGAAUGCGUCAUCACCGAGCAACGAGACGACGCCCUGGAGUGCACCAUGCCGCCGGCCCCGCAGGCGGGCGACGGCGGCACGGUGCCGCUCUGCGUCCAGUUUGAGGACGCGCCGUGCCAGCGGGAGCGACUGGCCGCCACGUACGCGUACGAGAAGAACCCCACCAUCGGCUUCAUCAAGCCCGGCAGGAGCUUCCUCAGCGGCGGCAGGACCAUCACGGUGGCGGGCCACGGAUUUGACCUGGUGCAGAGCGCCACCAUGCAGGUGGCGGGAAUCGGACAAACGGUGUGCGCCGUGGUUUCGCCCGCCGCCAUCACAUGCCCGUCGCCGCCCUCCGCUCAGUCCCGGCCCACCUCGGUGCAGUUCUACCUGAAUGGAGUCCUCUACGCGGGGGAGCGCCCCUCCCCCUCUGACGGCGACGCCGAGGAGGAGGAGGAGGAGGAGGAGGAUGAAGAGGAGCCGCGCACGGGUCGCUUCCCGUUGGAAUACGUGGAGGACCCGCAGUUCUUCACGGCCAACAAGGAAAAGUUGAUCAAACAUCACCCGGGGGAGCAGCUGACGCUCAUCAUCAAUAAAGGGCCCAGCGAUCUGGAGCUGAUGCCGGACGAAUACUCUGUGAUGGUCGGCCCCUACCCGUGCAACAUCAGCUUCCACAACGACCAACUUUUCCACUGCACCAUCGGCGGCCUGCUGAGCUCCCGGGAGACCGAGAUGCCCGUCACCGUGCAAGUGGGCAACUUCCGGCACACCGUGGCCAAAGUGCAGCUGGGCGGCAGCGAGCUGGCCAUCGUGGUGUCCAUCGUGGUCUGCUGCGUCCUGCUGCUGCUCUGCACGGCGGCCCUCGUGGUGUACUGUACAAAGAGUCGAAGGGCCGAACGCUACUGGCAGAAAACUUUACUCCAAAUGGAAGAGAUGGAGUCCCAGAUCAGAGAGGAGAUCCGCAAAGGCUUUGCGGAGCUGCAGACGGACAUGACCGACCUGACCAAGGAGCUGAACCGCAGCCAAGGCAUCCCCUUCCUGGAGUACAAACACUUUGUCAUGCGCACCUUCUUCCCCAAGAUGUUCUCCGAUUACGAGAGGAGUCUGGUGCAGCCCACCUACGAGUACGAUUCUUCGGGGCCUCGAGCCCUGCCGGAGACGCACCCGCUCUUGCGGGACUGGCAGGCCUCCAGCCCGAGCAGAGCCAACGUGGAGGAAGGCAUGGCGCUGUUCGCCACCCUCCUCAACAACAAGCACUUCCUCAUCACCUUCGUCCACGCCUUGGAGCAGCAGAAGGACUUUGCUGUGCGCGACCGGUGCAGUCUGGCCUCCCUGCUGACCAUCGCCCUGCACGGCAAGCUGGAGUACUACACGGGCAUCAUGAAAGACCUCCUGGUGGACCUGAUCGACGCCUCGGCCUCCAAGAACCCCAAGCUGAUGCUGCGCCGCACCGAGUCGGUGGUGGAGAAAAUGCUGACCAACUGGAUGUCCAUCUGCAUGUACAGCUACCUCAAAGAAACGGUGGGCGAGCCCUUCUUCCUGCUGCUGUGCGCCAUCAAGCAGCAGAUCAACAAGGGCUCCAUCGACGCCAUCACGGGCAAAGCGCGCUACACCCUCAACGAGGAGUGGCUGCUGCGCGAGAACAUUGAAGCCAAGCCGCAGAACAUCAACGUGUCCUUCCAGGGUUGCGGCGUGGACUCGCUGGCCGUCAAGGUGAUGAACACCGACACCAUCUGCCAAGUGAAGGAGAAAAUCAUCGAAGCCUUUUACAAGAACUUGCCCUUCUCCCAGUGGCCCCGAGCGCAAGACGUGGACCUGGAGUGGUUCGACUCGGGCAGCAACGGCAAAGCUCUGCAGGACCUGGACAACUCCUCGCUCAUGGAGGACGGCCGCAAGAAACUCAACACCGUCUUCCAUUACCAGAUCCCGGAAGGGGCGUCGCUCGCCAUGAGCCUGCAAGACAAGAAGGAGAAGGUGCUCGGGAGAGUCAAAGACCUGGACACGGAAAAGUACGUCCACUUGGUCCUCCCGCACGACGAGCCGACGGAGCCCAAGAAGUCGCACGGGCAGAGCCGGCGCAAGAAGGUGCUGCCCGAAAUCUACCUGACGCGCCUCCUGUCCACCAAAGGAACGCUCCAGAAGUUCUUGGACGACCUGUUCCAGGCCAUCCUCAGCAUCCCCCCGGAACGGCCCCCGCUGGCGGUCAAAUACUUCUUUGACUUCCUGGAGGAGCAGGCCGACAAACGGGGCAUCACCGACCCGGACACCCUCCACAUCUGGAAAACCAACAGUUUACCGCUGCGAUUCUGGGUCAACAUCCUGAAGAAUCCCCAGUUCGUCUUUGACAUCGACAAGACGGAUCACAUGGACGCGUGUCUGUCCGUCAUCGCGCAGGCCUUCAUUGACGCCUGCUCCGUUUCCGACCUGCAGCUGGGAAAGGAUUCUCCAACCAACAAGCUGCUCUACGCCAAGGAAAUCCCCGAGUACAAGAAGCGGGUGCAGUGCUACUACCGGCAGAUCCAGGAGAUGCCGCCUCUCAGCGAGCAGGAGAUGAACGCUCACCUGGCCGAGGAGUCUCGGAAGUACCGCAAUGAAUUCAACACCAACCUGGCCUUGACGGAGAUCUACAAGUACGCCAAGAGAUACAGGAACCAGGUGACCAACGCCCUGGAGUGCAACCCGAUGGCUCGUCGCACUCAACUGCAGCACAAGUUCGAGCAGGUUGUCGCCCUGGUGGAGGACAACAUCUACGAGUGUUGCAGCGAGGCCUGAGUCUCCGCCCCCCCCCUCCAUCCUCCAUCCUAUUGGCCUUCGCUAUUGCCUUUUUGCCAGGAUUGAAGCACAGUGUGGAGCCCCCCCCCCCCCCCCCCCCCCUUUUCCCCCCAUUUAAAAGGCGUCCGGCUUCGAAAGGGAGUCCGAGAAGAGACUUGGGGACCCGAGGCCCGGCCGGUCUUGAUGCACUGAACCUUUCCCCGAGGGAACGAGCCCAAUGAUGCACUGCGCUGUAUGAUAUCGUGUCCAUAGCAAUAUUUAGAGAUGUGUCGUCGUGUUUUGGAGCGGCCGUCCGACCGCCCGUAGGAGCCGUCGUCGUCGUCGUCGUCGUCGUCGGUAACGCCUGUAACGUUCUCAGGUGGGACUCAUCGCCGUCAGUGCUUUGAACAUUUUUGUCCCCGCGUGCUUUGCGGGCAAAGCGGAGACGUGUCGAGACCAGCGAAGUCGCUGGUCUUCAAACGCCGGCGAAGCCGUCCGUCCGUCCGUCCGUCCGUCCGCGCGCGCGGGAAACGUGAUCUAUUAUCUCAAGAGAAAUGUCUCCUACGACUGUAUUUGUGAUGCCAAAUGAGCGCGGAUGAAAUAAACAACGGCGUGUGCGCUUCCAUUGUGCCUGUACCGUCGCCGCCAUCUGCUCUGCCAAA